UCUUAGUCAUCUGAUCCUCAACUUUCAUACUUUCUAACCCUUGAUUUCCAUCAAGCAAAUGAACACCCUAAUCUUAAAUGCCACGCACAAAAUACACUUCUUGAACUCACACCAAAACCAGGCUUUCUUCUACCACCCUUCUUGCUGAAAAAAUGGCAACUGUCAUUACUCAGGCUUCUGCCACUGUCUUCCGGCCAUGUGCUUCAAGAUCGAGGUUUCUCUCGGGGUCCUCGGGAAAGUUUAACAGAGCCUUGUCUGUUAAGCCAACAACUUCUUCAAUUCCUAAUGCUUUCAAAGUUGAGGCCAAGAAAGGAGAGUGGUUGCCGGGUUUGCCAUCACCAACUUAUCUUGAUGGAAGCCUUCCAGGUGACAACGGAUUUGAUCCUCUAGGACUUGCAGAGGAUCCCGAAAACUUGAGGUGGUAUACGCAAGCCGAGCUAGUGAAUGGUCGAUGGGCGAUGCUCGGAGUUGCAGGUAUGGUAUUGCCUGAAGUCUUGACAAAUUAUGGAAUCAUCAAUGUACCAAAAUGGUACGAUGCGGGGAAAGCAGAGUAUUUUGCAUCGUCAUCGACUCUCUUUGUGAUUGAGUUCAUUCUGUUCCAUUAUGUGGAAAUCAGAAGAUGGCAAGAUAUAAAGAACCCAGGAAGUGUAAAUCAAGAUCCAAUUUUUAAGCAAUACAGCUUGCCACCAAAUGAUGUUGGGUACCCAGGGGGAAUUUUCAACCCACUCAACUUUGAACCAACUCUUGAGGCCAGAGAAAAGGAGAUUGCUAAUGGAAGACUGGCAAUGUUGGCAUUCUUGGGAUUUAUUGUUCAACACAACGUGACUGGAAAAGGUCCAUUUGACAACUUCAUGCAGCACAUUUCAGACCCAUGGCACAACACAAUAGUUCAAACACUAAGGUGAUAGGAGACAAUAAAAUAUAUGCAAGAAGAAUAAGUGAUCAGUGUGAUUGUAGAGAAGGGAACUAUCGGUGUACAGUAUGGUAGCAGUUAUAUGAAUGUAGUGUAAGCAUGGAACUUGGUUUUAACCGAGAAAGAAAGAAUGUAAUCAUGUCGACUUCUUUGAUUUUCUCGAAACUUGAUAUAGAAAUAUGAAAUUCGCAUCCA